AUGCACCAGGGACAGCAGCCAUCAAUGUCGUCGGCCUCGAGUAGUAGCUGCGGUAGCGCGGGGUCGUCGUCGGCGGCGUUGCCGGCGCUGCAGCCGUGCUACCCGCCACUUAGCGCGCUGGUGGAGGCCCAGCAGCCGCACGCGGGCUCCUCCGCCGCCCUGCAGGGUCCCCACUACUACUUUGGCCACCGCCACUUCAACUACAGCGCGCCCAACCUCGUCAUGACCAACCACCACGGCCAUCACCGCCACCAGAGCGGCUCGCCGACCUACGACCUCGAGUGGACCACGCCGUCGCCCUCGCACACCCGCACGCCCGCGGCCGCCAUCAGCACGAGCCCCGCCGCACACUCGCCGCCCCUCUCGGCGGCCGAGGCGACGCCCGGCAGCGGCGGCGCGACCGCCACGUCGCCCUACUCGAGCUCCCUGGGCUCCUGGGACGCGUCGUGCGCGUCGGCCUCGGCCAGCGCCGACUCAGCCGCCGUCUCGCCCGCCCUUUUCUACCACCACCCGCCACCACCACCCUUGUCCGACGCCGCCAUGGCCGCCGCCGCCGUUGCCGUCGCUGCCGCCGGACAAUACCACCACCACCACCACUACAGCCACCACGACCGCCACCAGUUCCAGCAGCAGCAGCAGCUGGAGGCGAUGCCCGCGCAGUCGUCGUUCUACUACGACCUGCCGCCGCCGACGGCCAACACGGACUACCACCGCCCGCAGCAGCUGCAACUCCGGCCUGCUUCCGAGGAGGAGGGGCAGCAGCAAGGACAAGCGGCGCACACGCCGUCGCUGGAGGCGAUGUCGCGUGGGCGGCGCGGGCGGAAGAGGCGGUGCGACGAGGCCAUCAUGACCCUCCACCCAUCGGCCCUCCUCGCCGUCAAGGAAGAGGAGGCGGAGGCGGAGAACGCCGAUGAACUCCACCACCACCACCAGCAGCGGCAGCAGCUCGACCGCAGCAGCAGCGAGCUGGAGUCGCGCGCGGGCAGCCACGAGUGGCCGUUCGUGGCCUCGGAGGAGUCGACAAUGCCCGCCGACCAGCUCAACAGCGGCAGCAGCGAGGUCGACGACGACGAUUUCUUCUCCGACGACGACGAUGACACGAACGACGAUGACAACGAGUGCGACAGCGACAGAGACAACGGCGGCGAGGACAGCGACGACGUCGACGACGAUGAUGACGACGAUGACGCCUACGCCGCUACUCGUGCGGCCAAGCGUUCCAAGCAUUCCGCUCAGCAGCAGCAGCAGCUGCGGCAGACGAAGCAGAGGAGGAGGAGGAAGCAGGUGGUCAAGGUCGAGCGGCGGGUGGAGCGGCGGGUGGAGGUGACGGCCGAUCUGAACAUCGAGGCCCACCUGAGCCCCGAGAGCGACGGGUACCGGUGGCGCAAGUACGGCCGCAAGACGGUCAAGGGCAGCCCCUACCCGCGCUCCUACUUCAAGUGCACCUUCCCGCACUGCCCGGUCAAGAAGCAGGUCGAGGCCGUCAUCCGCGACGGCCACAUCGUCUCCACGAGCUCCAUCUACAAGGCCAAGCACAAUCACGACCGCCCGUGCGUCACCCAGCUCACCGCACACGACCAGGACUCGUUCCGCAACGCCGUACUCGCCGGGUUCGCCGACUACGACGCAUCGCACGCCGCGCACGAAGGACCCGCGGAGGGUGGCGGUGGUGGUGCGAGGAGCAGCGCGGGGAACAACACGCCGCGGCUGGUGGUGACGACGGAGGCGAGCGUGGACUACCUGGACGACGGGUACCGCUGGCGCAAGUACGGCCAAAAGUACGUCAAGGGCAGCGGCUACCCGCGCUCCUACUACAAGUGCACCGACAAGCAGUGCCCGGUCAAGAAGCAGGUCGACGCGCUGCUCGUCGGCCUCGUCGUCACCUACGAGGGCGCACACACCCACGCGCCCUGCCUCGACAAGUCGGCCCCGCGCAAGCGCCGACGCAGGAACCCCGCCGCCGCGGCCCCGGCAGCCACCACGCGUCGCUCGAGCGCCGGCGGCGAGGCGGCCAGCACGCCGGUCAAGUUCGAGCCGGCGUCGUCGCCCGAGGCCGACGAGCUGCUCCUCCACUCCUCCUCCUCCUCGUCAUCGGCCGACCACUCCUCGCCCGUAGCCAAGCAGGAGAGGCGCCGCUCCUCGCACCUCGCCUCGUUCCGCCACUCGGCCCAGCCGGUGACCUACCACCCCUACCACCACCCGCAGCAGCAGCACCAGCAGCACCAGCAGCAGUACCACCACCAGCGGCGGCACCAGCAGCCGCAGCAAUACCACCAGUCCUACCACCACUACCAGCAGCAGCAGCAGCAGCACCAUCACCACCAGCAGCAGCACGAGUACGAGGGCAACAACCAAUGCGCUCCCGCAUCGUCGUCGGGGUACCACGGGCCGGGUUUCUUCCCGCUGGAGCUGAAGAAGGAGAAGGUCGAGGAGGAGGAGGAGGAGAAGGACCACCUCGGCGGCCAGCACUACCAGUACCACCACCAACACCAGCAGCACCACCAGCAGUGCCAGCCGCACCAGUACCAGACGCGGAGCGCGCUGGGCUCGUCGGAGGAGCUGAGUUCGUACAUCAGCGGCGGGUUCGAGGAGCUGCACGGCGAGAUGACCGACUUCCUCAUGUGGGAAGAGAGCGGCCGAGGCCCGCGCCACGGCCUCCUCCUCCCUCCCGCCCCGGCCCACGCCUUCAGCCACAACAACAACAACGCCGCCGCCGCAGCGUCGGGUCACUACCAUCAUCAGCAGCAGCACUGCCAGGCGUCGUCCUUCCUGCCCUCGAUCUCGUCUCCACUUUCGGCGCCCUCGUCUUCGUCUUCGUUCUCGUACGCGACGCCGCUCGACUACGACUACGUCCCGACGUCGGGGAGCUCCUUCAGCGCCUGA